UAAUUUUCACUAUUGAACACAAACGCUAUGUACCACUUACCACUUUUGAAAGAAAGAUAUGCAGCCCGCAAUAAUUCUUUUACACAACACAAUACUGACGGCUUCUGAUAGAAAUGUGAUGAAAUGUGACAGAAGGGGGCCGGCACUAGAUAAUUCUGAGCCAGAGUUUCAAUCUAUAUGCAUCCACACCGUUGAGGUAGUACUGAUGGAGAUACCGCUCUCGUAUAAACCCCAGGUUUUCGUAGAGAGAUAGAGCCACUUUAUUAGUCACUUCCGUUUCCAAAACAACCUCACAGCAUCCCUCGGCUGCCAUCUGUUUUAUGGUCAUCUUCACAAGGGUUGAUCCUAUUCUUCUCUUCCGGUAGUCCUUGUCUACAGCCAGCAUGGCAAUGUAGCCACUCUGUUCGCUGUAUGUCUCCAUCUUGCACACGACCGCUCCCAACAUACUUUCCGUCACACAUUGCCAGGAAGCAGAGGUUGGGCCAGUUGUGGAUGAAGUAGCGGUAGGUAUAGAUGGAGUAAGGCUCCGAGAGGUCCGCCUUCAUCAGUCGCAUGAUGUGGGGCAGCUGCAGCUCAGAUUCGUACUGCAUGAAGGUGACACCCGGGGGACCCUCGUCAGUCGUCUUCGUUACUGCCUUCUCCGGCGACAAAGCGUCCUGCGCUGCAGGAGUGGCCUGGGGCUCGGGUUCUAAUUGAUGCCCACUCCAAGCCACACGGCGUUUCUCGCUGCCGUCAUCAUUCUCGGCUGCUGGAGGGUGUGGGGCCAAGAGAUCGUCGACAUGCAGACUCUUGUCGUGCUGCAUCUUGCGUUUCUCGGCCAGUGGUGGAUUUCGUGCCAAGCCAGUUUUCCAGGAAGCACGCCCGGAAGUUAUCUGACCUGAAACAUCUCUAAAGAGAAACGUCGUCUUACCGUUCAUUCUGAUCCCUGCAAGGCCAGCUCCUAGAUCCAGUAAUCCCUGGUCUCCAGUAAUCUUGCGUCCAGAUUCCAGUAAUCUAAUCUCUGAAAUGACGGAGGUCAUCCGUCCUCCAACUGUAACGAUCAAUCAAGAGGGGGAGAUCCCCAUGCGAGAGUCGCCUGAUGGCUCUCCUCAAUUUGGCAGAGACAAGGCCGUCCUCCGCAACAGUUCGGUCGACGUCUUCCGUACAUGUGCCGAUCCUGGAAGGAAGUGUUCUCUCAAGGCACUGGAGAUACCAAUGGAACAUCUCCUCAGUGGAAUAAUUAUCCUCCCAGGUGGUAGAAAUCACGAUGGCUGUCCGGUCCUGAAGCUGACUCAGCCCAACAGCGUCAAUGAAGGAAUGCUGAAGGACAUCACUGAGGAGGGAGUCAUAGAAAUGCUCAUCUACUUCACCAGUGUACCCAGGGAGGAGGCCCGAGCCAACGGUUUCUGUGUCAUCAUGGAUGGGAACGUGAUGGCCGACUUCAUGCAGGUCACCAUCAUUAGGGCACUCAACCAGUUCCAGCAUGACAUGAGCUACGUCAAAACCUUCCUCUACGUCUCAUCAUCUCCCAUGCCAGACUGGGACACUCUCUGUGGGAGCACCAUCGACCUACCAUUGACACAUGUGUCAGACCAUGAUGGGCUGCUGGAGCAUGCAGACCGCAGUCAGCUAAUGCCUGACCUCGGCGGAUACCUGGAGUACGAACACGAGGACUGGGUCCGUUUCAGAAUGCAAGUAGAGCCUUUCCUCUGCGACUGUGUGAGCAUCUCGAAGCUUCUUGCGCAGGCCAUAGCCCCGUUCACCAAGGACAUGGAGACCCCCACGAACCUGGAGGAGACAAAGGAGGUGCUCAAGAAGCACCAGCUCAAGAAACGGAGGACCAUAGACCAGCUGCAGAUCGAUGAGCUCACCAGCCAGGGCCUCAAAAUCAACAAACUCAUCAAGCAAGAAUCCGAAGAAAGACGCAGCAGUAUCCAGUUCAACCCAGAGUUCCUGAGCACCAUAGCGACGGUCGGCAAGCUCAUCUCCAACAUGGAGGCAGUGAAGGAGAGGGUGGAGGGAAUGUGGCACACCCGAGGCGAGAAACUUGAGGCGACGUACAAACAGCAGACGUUUGAGAAGGAGGCAAACCAGAUUAUCGAGUGGUUUGAGCAGUUCACUAAUGGUGUAGCCCAGACGCACACUGAACUCGGAGAAUCGCAACAAGUUGCAGAAAGUCUUGCAAAAGAAGUCACUGACUUUGAGACAACUACACAGCAAAUUCUAAUACGUACCGAAAAACUUCUCCAAAGUGGUACAAUCCUUGAGACUCUCAAGCACACGGACCACGACACGAUAAGCACACUCAUGGGGAAGAUAAAGCAACUGAUGACCGACUUUGACGACCGACUCGGGAAGAGAAAGAAGAAGAUUGAUGAAUCGGUCCAGCUACACAAGCUGACAGAGAUGUCACUGGACUGGUGCAUCGAGAGUGCAGGUCUCCUCUCGGACUUUGACCUCCUCUGCAACAGCGAGGAUUUCAAUCCAGCUGCCGCCAUUGUCAGCAUCGACCAGUUUCUGGACGAGAACCCCGCACCAUCGGCGGAAAACCAGCAGAUGCUCAUGGAGCUUGCGGAGAUAACCGAGAACCACUGGGCUAAACAGAACGCCCUCUUUGCCUUCAACCGCGUGAUGGAGAUAUCGGAGCGCUUCAGCUACCACUCGCAGAUGCUGGAGAGC